UGUACCAGAAAAGAAAAUUACUCAUGUCUCUCUCUUCUUCACAUGUGCUCACCUCAUUAGUUUUCCUAUGAGAACAAAGACAAGGCUCACUUCAUUGGGUUUGAGACGUGACCCUUUGUAUCCCUCAUUCCAUUUUCUGGUUCUCCAAGAUCCCAUUCUUAUAACCAUACAUAUAAUAAUAGCCAUCAAGCAAAAUCCAGCCGUUGGAUGUCACCACUUGAAAAUCCGUUUUGUUCUUUUCCUAUUGUCAAUAAAAAUUCCAAGCACAUCAAUAUUCUAGUGCACAUAUUAUCUUCUCGGCUUUUGCAUUGCAUGCUCCACUUUGUUCUUUCCUCUGUUGUGCUUCAUGGCUGCAACUGCAACCGCAAAACUUUGUCAAGACCAUAACAACCAAAGCCACAACCCUGAAAUUACAAGGGAAGAAAUCCAAACUGCCAUAGCCAAAGCAGUGGAAUUAAGGGCUCUUCACGCUGCAUUAAGACAUGGAAGUAGUCCUGGCACAACAACCAAUGCUAGAUUUCCAUCACCUUCCCCUGCUUCUCACUUCUCUUCCCAAGAUUACCCUGUUUUCACACCAAGUUAUGAAGAUGUAGCACACCAGAACCCAACAAAGAGCAGAACUAUAUCAGAAAGUUGGGAUGAGAAUGGGGCAGAAGGAGGUAACACCAUGGCCCAUUCAGAUUGCAAGCAAAAAUCAGGUUCAAUAAAGGGACUACCUUUUGGAUUUUCCAAUAACCUAGACUCUCACUUGUGUCCUGCUGAUGAUAGCAAAUCUGUGAGUGGUUCUUGUGCAAAUCACAUUACUGUUCUCCAAACAUCACCUUCCCCUGCAAAUGACUACUUCAAAUCAAGGAGGAGAAACAGUUUGGGGGACUUGAAGCCCUCAUCUUCCUGCAAUAGGUGCAACCCUGCUGUGAUAACUAGUGAAUAUGAUAACACAAGGAACACCAAAAGCUCCAACAUUGUCGUCCCCCUCACAGAUUCCCAUGCCUCUUUCCAAACCCAACCAAAAAGUAAAGGGGUGAUUUCCUGGCUGUUCCCUAGGUUCAAGAAGAAGCAUAAGAAUGUUAUGAGUUCCCCAAACAGGACAGAAUCUGAGGAAGUCUCUCAGGUUCUUAAGGACAUGGGGGGGAUAAUGUCAGUUGAGGCACUGAAGAGGGAACUAAUGGAGGCAAAUGAGAGUAGAGAUGCUGCCUUGUUGGAAGUUUCUGAGAUGAGAUCUUCACUGGGGGAACUCAAACAAAAGCUUGAGUACUUGGAAAGUUAUUGUGAAGAGUUGAAGAAAUCUUUGAGGCAAGCAAUGCACACCAAAGAUACUACACUUUCUGAAAAGCUCAAUAACCCUCCCCAGAGAGGAUCACCCUUUGAUGGGAAUGGAGAAAAUUUGAUGCCUGUGGGGGAGGAGGCUAUGGUAGAAGGCUUCUUGCAGAUAGUGUCAGAAUCAAGGCUAUCAGUAAAACAAUUUUGCAAGACCCUUAUAUGCCAAAUUGAAGAAACUGAUCACUCUUUGAUGGACAACUUGAACUUGCUCCUCCAACCAUAUAGGCUUUCCUUGAAUUCAAAGUACUCGAAGGCAGUUCUUUACCAUUUUGAAGCCUUCAUAAACCAGUCCUUCUACCAAGACUUUGAGAACAGUGUGUUCCAAAAGAAUGGAAGCACAAAGUUCUUAGACCCUAGACAGGAUCGCCAAGCACAGUUCUCAUCAUUUGUUGCACUUAGGAAUUUGAGCUGGAACGAGGUGCUUAGAAAGGGUACCAAGUAUUACAGUGAAGAGUUCAGCAAGUUCUGUGAUCAGAAAAUGAGUUGCAUCAUCACUUCGCUGAAUUGGACAAGGCCUUGGCCUGAACAACUCCUUCAGGCUUUCUUUGUGGCAGCAAAGUGCAUAUGGUUGCUGCAUUUGCUGGCAUUUUCUUUCAACCCUCCAUUGGGAAUUUUAAGGGUUGAAGAGAAUAGAAGCUUUGAUCCUCACUACAUGGAAGAUUUGGUUACUGAUAGACAAAGGUCACAAGGUUCUAGCAGGGUUAAGAUCAUGGUGGUGCCAGGGUUCUAUGUUCAGGAUAGGAUAUUGAGGUGUAGAGUUAUUUGCAGGCACAAAUCUGCACCCUAAAGUAAAAUAACUUGAAAAUUGGUUUAAUUUUACUGUCCAUUUUAUUUAGAUUCUCUCUUAUUUAAGUUUGUAACUAUCCAAAUGUAUGCAGUAAUAAUGAAUAAUGGUUCAAAUUGGUUA